AUGGCGGCCUGGGCUUCUGGCCUCCGCCCUACCCAGGUGACAACAUCCUGUCUCAUCCUUGGGGCUGUGGGUGUAUCCUUGGGGUUGAGUGUCCGCGUGUUGUUGAACCAGAACUCGACCAAGAAGCCAAUAAUAAUACCGUCGCCAAGAGCUACCCAAAUUCCCCAGUUAUCGAAAGAAGAGACAUCCUCACUUCCAUACCCGCCAGAUGCUCUACCAGGCGCAAGGGACGUUGAGACCCCAUAUGGAAUCAUCAAAGUGUUCGAAUGGGGGCCUGAGGACGGCGAAAAGGUGCUUCUCUUACACGGUAUCAGCACACCAUGUCUAAGUUUGGGGAUUCUGGGAGAGGCGCUAGUGGAAAAGGGUUACAGAGUCAUGCUCUUUGACUUCUUCGGACGCGGCUACUCCGAUACCCCGACAGACAUCCCCUUUGACAUCCGGCUUUACUCGACGCAAAUCCUCCUGGCUCUGGUAUCUUCCAGACUUCCCUGGACCGGUGACAACGGAUUCCAUAUCAUCGGUUAUUCGCUAGGCGGAGGCCUCGCCGUCUCGUUCGCCAAGUACUACUCUCACAUGAUUCGCUCCCUGGUGCUUGUGGCAAGCGGAGGACUGAUCAGGUCCGAACACGUAAGCCGAAGGAGCAGGAUCCUCUACUCAGAGGGCGUGCUUCCCGAGCAUCUGCUCCGGUGGCUCGUACGUCGACGGAUCACCCCCCAGCCAGCGACAACGACGUCCGAGGCCAAGAUGGCCAGCGAGGUCGUGGCUACCACCUCUAACACGCCAGAACCGUCGAGCAAGAAGCAUCACAAGAACAGCGACGCCAGUGGCGGCGACUCCUUUGACAAUGCGGUUCUCUCGCCGCAUCGGCCUAACAGCACGGUUUCCUCGGUGAUGGCCUGGCAGGUCCAGCAUCAGCAAGGGUUCCUCACGGCUUUUAUGGGCAGCAUCCGGCACGCGCCCAUUUACGAACAACGAGAGGAUUGGAUAAAGCUCGGUCAGCUUUUGGCUGCUAGGCGAAAGGCGUCUGCUUCUGAUGCCGAUGAGGGUGCCGCAGCACAACAGUUGCCGGGACUCCUUGGUGGAAAGGUCUUGCUGGUACUUGGCUCAACAGAUCCAGUCAUUGUUAAGGAGGAAUUGAUUCACGAUGCCACGUCGGUCUUGGGAGAGGAUGGGUUUGAGGCUGUUUUGCUGGAUUGUGGACAUGAGAUCGUCAUGACGAAAGGGAAGGAGGUGGCUGGCUUGGCGGCAGGUUUCUGGUCACGGAUUUGA